CCUUCACAGACAGAAUAGGCUACGUGGAGGCAGCAGCAGCAGAUGAUGUGCCCAAGUCGACGCACGUAUUAUUUUGAUUUAAAAAAAAAUCUAGCACCUGAAUGAGUAAUAAUAACAAUAAUUGGCAAAUCAAUAGGAGCAUUUCCAGUAAAUUAUUCAAGCUACCAAAUAAUGUUGGCCAUGCAGUUUAUAGCUAGCUAGCUACUUUGUAACAAUCGAAUGAACACAAUGUGUGUCGCGCUAACAAAAUAAUUCUGAGACCAGUACCGUACAUUUGGCAAUUUGUUUUUUUGGCUACAAAAGUAAAGAAACACAGAGCCUAAUCGCGAGCCCGGGUCGCUGAUGAGAAGCAAACACCAUCUGACAGAGAGAACAUGGAAUAAACCAUGGCCCACAAUAUAAGAUUUUUUGAAGCUCUGGAUAGAUCACAGGCCAGGCGAGAUGGAGGGUACAAGCAGAACUGGAGCUUUUCUCUUUCUGAAGGCAGUGAAGAGCAGAGGAGACACGACAGCACAUCGGUGGUGACCAUGGAGAUGGACGGACAGCAGCACUCCUCCCCAGAGGGACAGAAGUCCCCCGCUCUUAGGCAUUUCUCUUCUGCGGAUCCCCUAAAAACAUAUGAAAACAGGCCAAAUACAAAUAAUCACAUAGGGGCUCUAAACAAACCAGGAAGUGACAAGAGGCUAAGUGACCUCCCAAACAUGGUAGCAACGACGUCACCGAUGCCUAACAGAACGGACUAUUUAAUAGUCAGCCCAACACCAUCUCAAGGAGUUGUUCUACAGGGGAGACCCUUUCAACACACCCACAAUGUUCCUGCUGCAAUGAGGAAACCUGUCCAAAGAAGAGACUACAGCACCACUCAACAGCAGAUCCAAGCAGCAGAAGUAGAGAGUAUCAUCCUCACCUGUCCAGAGAGCCCUGCCAACGACAGCGUGAGCAUCAAAGAGCACAGUCGGAGACCCUUGCUGGAGGGCUGUUGUAGCUUUCCCUCGCAGGUUCAGAGAGUGGAGCCCCUAAAUCCAGAAAGGAACCACACAGUGUGUGGGAAGUGUAGCAAAUCCAGUGAAAGCCACAGCACGUGUGAACACUGUGGGAACUCCUUGGUGCCGGAGGUUCCUCACCUCUAUCACCCCCCAGCAGCCCAGCCUACAUCCCCCACACCCAGACCCCCCAUUCGACCUCACCCACAGCACACCCACCCCCAUCAACACCCAUCCCCAGGACCAAACAGUCGACAGCUGACCAAGAAUAGCUUCCGGUUCGUCCUCGACCAUGAGGGCGCUGCCGCUGCGUGUGGACACAGUGAUGAACCCGCCUAUUCCGGUACGCAUCACCACCCGGGCCGGCCUGUCGCUGCCACACAACGGGAGACCAGCGGGGUGGGGUUGGUGGGGAGCUGUUGCGCCGGGAAAGUCGCCGGCAACAAAGGCAGGAGGACGGCGGCCGCCAAGCAGCACGAGCUCAACGACCCCAUCGUGCUGUCCAGUGACGAGGAUGAGGCGGACAACGCCAGCACGGGCAGCGUAAACAGGCUGGACAGCGUUUCCCCUCAGCCUGCUGACUCAGCCCACUCCUCACCGGCGCCCUCCGGAGGCAGAGUGGAGGCGGCAGUGAAGAGUAGCACAGGAGGGGAGCAGGAGGAGAUCACUUCUGACUUCUUCUCUGACGUCGACAGCAGAAUUUCACUACCCAGAAGGAACCGCAUGAAAGAUCAGUUUGGAAACCAAAUGCCGGAUGACUCUACACCCAAGAAAAAACAGAGGAUCUCUCCCGACAAGUUGGACAGCAUCAUCUUGGACUGUCGGAGUGUGAGAGUAGGGACUCUUCGCAGGAUGGUGUCCAAGCCUGUCAAUUUUACGGUCGAUCACAUUCAUCUUGAAACUGAAGGUCCUGAGGUGGAUUCUCUGGAGAAGGUGUGUCUGCGUGCGUCGGAGCUCAUAAGCUGUGAGUGGUGCAGCGUGAGGAAACUGCCAGUCCUCUUCUUCCAGACCAGCCCAGAGGAAUGUGUGCGCCUCCGCACCCAGCUCAAGAUGACCCGAGACAAGGGAGGCCUGUGCUGGUACGACUGCGCUGGCAACGACUCCGAUGAGAAGUACAUGGUGUUGAUCUUUGAGAACGGGCUGUCGCUGCAGCAGCAGAUGGUUCUAGAGGAGAUUCUACAAGAGAUCGGCCGAGCCAACAACCUCAAUGAGUUCCCCACCAAAUUGUCGUUUGAUGAAGCUAACAUCAGAUUGGUCAACUACAACAAAGCAACUAAAGAAAAGGUAAACAACAGCACUAAAACCAACACACCGGCUCCAAUGGUGCGAACGCGCAUGGCUACACGACAGCAGAAGAGUGCGUUUUUUGAUGAUGAAGACGAUGACAUGGCUGAGCUCCAACCCACCUUCACUGGACCAAUCAUAAAGUUGAUGGUGUACCCACCUCCUCCAGCCAAGGGGGGCAUAUCGGUGACUAACGAAGACCUUCACUGCCUUAACGAUGGAGAAUUCCUAAACGACGUCAUCAUAGACUUUUAUUUAAAAUAUUUAGUUUUGGAGAAGUUGAAAAAAGAAGACUCACAAAGGAGUCACGUGUUUAGCUCAUUCUUUUACAAGAGACUCAACCAGAAAGAGAGGAGAAACCUCCCAGACACCACAAACCUACCGAUGCAGAAGAGGAAGCACAACAGGGUGAAGACAUGGACCAGACAUGUAGACCUGUUCCAAAAGGACUUCAUCUUUGUUCCCAUCAAUGAGUCAGCCCACUGGUACUUGGCAGUGAUCUGCUUCCCAGGGAUGCAGGACCCUCAGUUUGAGCAUGACCCUUUGUGCCAGGCCCCAGGGCUAUCACAGACACAGUCAGCCCCCCAGGGCAGGCCUCCUGACCACUGCCGCCCACUCUCCCCAGAGUCAGACUACUGUGAGCCCCCAGGCAGUGAGGAACCCUUGGCCCCCUCAGAGAAGCUGUCCCUCAUUGCAACAGAGGCCUCCUCGGAAGGACACUCCCACAGCGAGCAGCCAAAGGGAGCGUCCACCUGUCCCAAUGGGGGCCAAGUGCCUCCCAAGACCUCUUUAGACAGGGUGAAUGGGCUGGUCAAUGCUCAGCCACAGUACACAGAUGGCUUGCACAGAAUCAGUUUGUGUUACAGAUCAGGUAGUGGCAAUGGUGAUGACACAGAUACCUUUUCUGAUGACCAAAGCUCCUGUCAGGAUGAGUGCAGUGAGGACGGUGCACUUGCUGAAGAUCUGGAACCCCCUGAGAGCUCAGAGUGGAUGUCAAAACCCACCGUCUGUAAACAGCCUUGUAUUCUCAUCAUGGACUCGUUACGUGGCCCUGCCAGAUCUUCUGUCAUUAAAACAUUACGAGAGUACCUAGAGGUGGAGUGGGAGGUGAGGAAAGGAAGUCGGAGGAGUUUUGGGAAGGAUCAGACAAAGGGUUCUAGCCCACAUGUGCCUCAGCAGGACAACUUCAGCGACUGUGGAGUCUACAUUCUGCAGUAUGUGGAGAGCUUCUUCGAGAAUCCACUUACCAGCUUUCAUCUCCCGGUUAACCUGGAGGAAUGGUUCCCGCAGCAACGGAUGAAGACGAAACGCGAAGAGAUCAAGGAGCUCAUCUUAAAUAUCCAAGCCCAACAGGAAAUGGAGGUGGGCCAGGGCUCAGCCAAAGGCUCCCCUGGAGGACAGGAGGUGGGAGAAGAGGAUACAGGGGAAGGUGUAGAGAUUCAGAACCUGCCUGUCAGCCCCUGAGGUGCACUGUCUAGUCCGACACUGCUACCUACUUUUUUAAUUUGACAUGAUGGUCCUAUCUAUCGGGUGGGUCUCCCGCUGCCUGGCCAAGCCUGGAUGGAGGUCUGCCUGCCUGCUGCCUGGGCCAAGCCUGAAUGGGGAUCUGGAGGUAUGCCUGCCUGCUGCUGGGCCCAGCCUGGAUGGAGGUAUGCCUGCCUGCUGCCGGGCCCAGCCUGGAUGGAGGUAUGCCUGCCUGCUGCCGGGCCCAGCCUGGAUGGAGGUAUGCCUGCCUGCUGCCGGGCCCAGCCUGGAUGGAGGUAUGCCUGCCUGCUGCCGGGCCCAGCCUGGAUGGAGGUAUGCCUGCCUGCUGCCGGGCCCAGCCUGGAUGGAGGUAUGCCUGCCUGCUGCCGGGCCCAGCCUGGAUGGAGGUAUGCCUGCCUGCUGCCGGGCCCAGCCUGGAUGGAAGUAUGCCUGCCUGCUGCCCGGGCCCAGCCUGGAUGGAGGUAUGCCUGCCUGCUGCCCGGGCCCAGCCUGGAUGGAAGUAUGCCUGGAUGGAGGUAUGCCUGCCUGCUGCCUGGGCCAAGCCUGGAUGGAGGUCUGCCUGCCUGCUGCCAUGCCUGCCUGCUGCCUGGGCCAAGCCUGGAUGGAGGUCUGCCUGCCUGCUGCCAGGGCUAAGCCUGGUUGUACACUGCUGGAUUACUCUCCAUCUCCAUUAUAUCGUAACUGCCAUAUUCCUUCCAUUGACAACAAAGCAAAACAUUUUAAAUUUGUAUUGAAUAAAACAUGUAUAUAUUCUGGAA